ACAUGUUGCUUCAGCAAAUAUUACUAAAGAAUAUCACUAUCUAGCUUUUGAUGAAGUACUGAAACAAUAUAGUAUUAAGUUUAUCAAACAGAAUUUAGCUUCUGGUUUAUCAGAUCCAGUAUUUUUAAAACAAUAA